AGACACUUAUCCCGGUAGAAAAACAAGGACUACGGUCCGAAAAGGGACUGACACUCAGUGUGAAAGUACUUUAGACUAACAAUCGUUCAGUGGAUUGUAGCUUGAAGAUACUAUUUUAUCUUUAUUUGUAUUUUUCUUCAACUUAUCACAGGCUAAUCAUGGCAUUUCUGAUCUACCUGACCGUACUGACAACAGCCGUCACCACACAGGUAUGGUGUUUCUCUCCUGACAGAAGCGCGUACCGCUGAGGGUGACUGCUAGCUGCCCAGCAGUGUGUGAGUGCCCUGUAGAGCCCCAGGCUUGCCCUCCAGGAGUCAGCACUGUGCCAGAUGGAUGUGGGUGCUGCAAGGUGUGUGCUGCACAGCUUAACCAGGACUGCAGCCCCAUGAGGCCUUGCGACCACCACAAAGGCCUGGAGUGUAAUUACGGCAACGAUGUGACCGUGGCCUGGGGCAUCUGUCGAGCAAAAUCAGAGGGACGCACAUGUGAGUACAAUGGCAGGAUAUACCAGAACGGCGAGAGUUUCCGUGCUGGCUGUAAACACCAGUGUACCUGCAUCGAUGGUGCUGUUGGCUGCGCUCCUCUCUGUAACAACAAGCUGCCACCGGCCUCUCCAUCCUGCCCUUACCCACGGCUGGUCAGGAUACCCGGGCAGUGCUGCUUCAGUGUGGACUGCCAUAAGGGCACCUGGCAGCUCCCACCUAAGCAUCAGGUGCCUCCACCACAACAACACCUGCCCAGACCUCAGCACCAUCCUGCCCCGCACCAGCCUGAAAAUGAGCUGGACAACGAGCUUGCAGACGUCAAGUCCAGCGGCUGGGAGAGUGAACAUGGUUACAAACACCUGCCUGUGUGGAACCAUCUGAAGGACAAAAAGUGUCCAGUCCAGACCACUGACUGGUCCCAGUGUUCCCGCAGCUGUGGGAUGGGUGUUUCUUCUCGUAUCACCAACAAGAACCCUCAGUGCAAGCUGGAGAGAGAGACGAGAAUCUGUACCAUACGGCCAUGCCGCAGCCGUACUGUCCCAGCCAAGAAAGGGAAGAAGUGCUCCCCAGCCCAGAAAGCCCCAGAGCCAACCCGCCUGUCCUACGGAGAAUGUGUGAGUGUCCGCCUCUACCGGCCCAACUAUUGCGGCGUGUGUACGGAUGGACGGUGCUGCUCGCCACGGCGCACACGCACUGUACCUGUGACCUUUGUCUGCCCGGAUGGCGAGCGGUUCCAGAGGUCAGCCAUGUUCAUCCAGUCAUGUAAAUGCAGUGAUGACUGCGGCCACCUCAAUGAAGUGGCCCUCCCCCCACAGCACUGGAUGUAUGGAGAUACACACCAAUUCAUCGACUAGUACUGAGGAGGAAUUUUUAUUUUUUAUUUUAAUGUGAUGAGGUCAACUUUCUUGAUGAAGAAAUACGCUUCAAGACUAAGGGCCAUUUUUCUCAUCUGGCUCCGAGUGAGUGAAGAUCUCAGGAACCCACCUGACUGCCAAACUGCAGGCAGGAAGGGCCGCCUCGGUUUUAUACACAGUCAUAAAGGCAACCCUUAUUGUAAUAUUAAAGUGUGACCGGAGUGGAUUGUACACUUGCCUGCUCUUGUUCACACAGACGUGGGACCUAAAUUAGAGCCCUGAAGUGCCCCUGGACUUCCGCCACUCUGGCCUGACUGCUGGUUCAGGGUUGGAGGAUUAGUUUUUGUUUUCUUUGAGACUCUCAGAUCAGCCUGAGAGGAGAACGAGCAACAAAGCACUUUGUAUAGCACUGAAACUUAGGAACUAUAACUAUGACGGCAGUGCACAAGAAUCACCUCACCUGCGACAAUAACCGCACAUACUGUGAUGGUGAAUGACUAUAUAUCCCACAAUGCACUGUGACUACUCAGUGACAACAAGCAAAAGAGAAACUUUUGCAGCUUUAUAUAGAAACUUGUAUAAAGCAAAAUGUGGACAAGACUUUUUUUGGGGGGGUGUGCUGACAUGACAACCCAUCGAAAAGUAAAUAUACACACAGCGAUGAAGGACAGUUUCCCUGUAAGUCACAGGCUGUUAAACGAUAAGGAACUCUACCUGGAACUGACGAGUGAUCAGCGAGGACUGGACCAAUGCCAACUUAUUUCUUGUUUGUGCAUUAAAUGCAGCUUAGAGAAAUGUCUUACACAAACCUGUAUUUGAGAGUUUAUUUUGGAUCACACUGUAUUCUGUAAAUAUAUUUUCUUUAUUUGGAUUUAAGUUUGUAUUGUCGUCACUUAUGCACUUCUGUGGAUUAAGGCAGUGUAUCUGUCACAAGUUUCUGUUGGUCCGUCCAUGUGAUAAAAAACUGGAUGCUGA